CACGGACUGAGCAGCGGCGGGGGAUGAGCGCCGGGGACCAGACGGCAACGCGGCGACGCAUUUCACAGUGAUGGCCUCAGCUGCGCGACUGUGCUGGGGAUCCCACUGCUGCACAUAGGAAAGAAGCAAAGACACCUUGACUACCUGAGCUCCUUCCCCCCUCCUCUGAUUAAAUUUUAAAAAAGAAAGAAAAAGGAAACGAUAAAGGGAAAAAAGAGAAGAAAAUACCAGCAAACAAAUGCGACCAUGUACAGUGUGGAGGAUCUCCUCAUCUCUCAUGGAUACAAGCUGCCCCAGCACACCCCGUCCUCCACCCCUAUCCCCACCCCUGCCCCCUCAACUCGCAAAGCACCCUCCCCCUCACCCCCGUCGUACAACAACCGCCACGAAAUGCUGGAGAACAGGUCCGGCCACAGGACAGUAAACGGCUAUGAGAGUGAGGUGGGGGGGCCCUAUGGGACCAGCAGCGGUACUAGACAGACCCAAGCUUGUAGGGUCGGCUGCUCCAACAACAACAACCAACCCAGGGACAGGAGCCAGUCCAGACGAGAGGGGGACAGCCGGAGCCAGGGGGACACACACUCCGUGGGCGAGUCCCUGACCUCAGACAGCGGGUUCUGUGAUGGACCCAAAGGUCCACACUCCCAAUCCAAGGAUGUGUCCUAUUGGAGAAGAAGAGGCCAAGACUUCACUGUGCUGCUGGACUAUGCUGACCUCAGAGAGUCCCAUGGAGGAGGACAAGGGGGCUAUGCCAGGCCUGAGACGCCACAACAGCCAAGAGGCCAAAAUCUGUCAACUGAGGAGCACCAGAGGGCAAUCCAGGAGAGGCAGCGCUGGGCAGCCCAGGCCCAUGCCCGCUCUAGAGAAAGGGAAACUGCCCUGCAUCAGUGGAGGAUGGCUGCUGAGAGGAAGUGCCAGAGUUUGGGGACAGAUGAGUGGCGCCCAGCUGUGAGUUUUGGCCGCCAGCUGUCAGAGAACGAGGGAGAGCGGUGGGCACAGGAGCAGCAACGACUCCAUGCCAGGACACCAGAGGGCAUGGUAGUCCACCCCAGGACCAAAGCCAAAUCCCAGUCCCUUCCCCGGAUGCUGCAGCCUGAUAGUCUGCAGUAUGUGGAUAUGACCUCUGCUGGUCAGGAGCUAUACAGGAGGGUCAAUGGCCACCUGCCGUCAUCCCACAAUCUUUUCAGGGGUCCCCGCUGGCCGGACAACGGCAGGCCAGCCAGUGCCAACCAGCUCUCCAUGACACCAAAGCCCCGCUUCACUCGACCCCCCAGACCUCCUUCCUAUGAGGUGCACCAGCAGAUCAGGGGGAGCUGUGAGGUGUUGUCUGGGAGAGACUCGGCUGUUCCCCAAGCUAGGGACAGAACGCCACUUCCCUUAUCCAGGACAGGUGACCCCCAGCUAGACUAUUUUGCACAGGACUCUGGCCCCCCGGGGUACAUCCCUCCCCCAUCGUACAAGAGAGCCCCUAUUAUGAGAGGAGGUCGCCGAGGGUAUGGUGAAAUUCCUAUUGAGUACAGGUAUAGAGGGGAUGUAUACCAGCAGAUGCAGAUGGCUCCUGAUGGAUCUCACUGGUUCGCUAGACAUCCAGCAGGCUCCUGGCCAGACUCCCAGAGAGAAAGGAGUGCACCCAACCAGAAGCAGCUCUACCCUGUUUAUACUACCCAGGAGCACCCUGGUGGAGGGGUUCAGUAUAUCCCUUUUGACGACCCUCGUGUCCGUCACAUAUCCUCAGCCCUGGGUGGCAACUCCCUGACGGAUGCUGACAAGAUCCGUCACAUCCGCAAUGAGCUUCCCAGUGUAACCGUGUCGGAGCCUGCAUCCGACGACAGUGCCUUCUUGCCCCCGCCAUUGGGGCCCUUUGUCGCGGCAAAACUGACCGACAACCGACCGUCCUCUAGCGACUUCGACAAUGACAAUAACAGGUGGCACAGUGAUUUGCACAAAGAGACUGUCGAUAACUUCCCAGCAACUGACCAAAACUGCAACAACAGAUAUUCCAAAAAUCAACGUCCUCCCCCCUCACCUUCGUCAGUCUUCCAGGCCCCAGUUACAGCAUCCGCCUCAUCCCGCCAGGGCUCCAGCAUAGACCAUGGCUUUGCAGAAACCAUCACCCAAGUGAAGAAGAUUGUCCCAGACUCAGGACCAGAGAACAACAGAAACAGCAAAAGAAGAGUGAGUGAGACCAUCUUCUGCCUGGUGUCUGUCCCCAUUCACACGCCAACUAACAUUAGCAAAGACUCUGCAGCUGAUCAGAACAACAACAACACAAUACCAAGCCUUACUGUUACCAAUGCCGAUAGCAUCACUGUUGGCCAUAAAGAGAACCACAAUCUCCAUAGUAAGUCAGUGACUGAAAUGCCCAUUAGACCACAUUACUUCCACACCAGCAGCACAUCCUCUGUGAGGAACUACAAGAGGGCUCCUUUGAGAAAGGAAAUAAUAGAUGCCUGGGCCCUCCAAGCAAGUGAAGACAAAGAGCUGUGCUAUGCCGGGUCCUGGCCCGGAAAUCAGUACCGCAACCAGGAGACACAAACUAGCUCCCCAUUGACCGUGGAAAAAAGUCCUACCCCGCAGAGCCCUCCAAGUGGACAGGAGCCCGGCCAGUCUGCCUCAGACACAACUACAGACAGUGGUAUGGGAACAGACAGUAGCACUUCCUACAGUUACCCCAUGGAAGGCCAGAAGAAUCUUCAUCCAUCAAGUAACAGUGCUUUCUCUCGUCCUAGUCUUAGCCCUUCCCAGCCUACACCACUACAACCCUCACAACAAUCCUUCUACUCUCCAUCCUCCCCGUCUUCCCCAUCCAAAGGGGAAAAGGAGCAGGGAGACCAGCAGCCACCCUCUCCCAGAAAGAAUGGCUCUUGUCCCCCGGAUGGUGGAGAACAGGUGGCAUUUGGUCAAUUCCUGCUGAAGCCAGUGAACCGGCGGCCCUGGGAUGCCAUAGGGGAGCUGGAGUGCUUCAACAAGGAGCUCCAAGACACAAUCAGUAAGAGACCCAAUGUGGACCAUUGCAGUGAGGACAUGGAUGACGUACAGAAGAAAAUUUUAGAACUUAAUAAAUCAGGAGAUCAAUCCCAGAAUGCAGCACAUUUGACUACUGUUGAUGACCUAGGCAGGGAAACAGCUAGUUUUUCACCAGUGCCCAAAGACAGACCUAACAAAAUGAAAAGAUCACAGACGUGUGGUUCUACCACUGACCGCUCUGAGGUUAGGAGUGCAUUCUCCAGGCCACAGGCCAAAGCCAACACCAGACUAACAAGAGAUGAGUUAUCCACAUUUGCAGAGCAUAGCCUAAGAGACUAUUCUUUCUUAUCCUCAUUAUCUCCACAGCCUGAUCCAAUUCAGGUCUACAGACAGGAUAUCCCAGUUCCCCAAGAGUCCUUGCUAAGAGAUGUGGGGUUAACUGUUUACACUGAGACUCCUGGAGCUCCUGGGGAGCCAAUCCAACGCUCCCUGUCAAUGCCAUCUCCACUCAAUAAUCAGGAGCUUUGUCAUUCUGUUCAGUUGUCAUGGGAAAGCAGGACAGUGCUCGUUAGAAACAAUAGUAGCCCUGAGCACAACUCAAAUAAAGAGCUUCAAGCAGAGGUGGAGGUGGAAAGAAUAGCUAAAAUGGAUAAAAUGCGGCAAUUAGAAGGUGAGGUGAAUUUGAACAUCCGUAGGGUCAAGAGUGAAAACAGCAGAUUGACUAGAAGUGAAGAGUUGACACAUAUAACCAGGCUGACUGGGGAGGCUGCAUUUGCUUUUGAAGGUAAUGACAAUGAUGAGAGAUACACCAUCCCUGAGCCUCUGAGUUACAGAAAUGAGUCAACUAUAGCAGACAAGCACCUGGAGAACCUGCUGAUCCAGGAGAAAGCCAAUGCUCUUCCUGCUGAAGACCUCAGCAACCUGUAUGAGGUUAAAAGCGCAAAAGGCAUCCCGGAGAAUGAGUCCAUAGAGCAGAGGGCAGCCAGGAUCCUGGGUAUAGCUGUGCCAGUGGAGGCCUUAGGUGUAGCGGACAAAAUGGCAGAUGACCUAGCCAGCAUAAACAUAACCACCACUGGUGUAGAUAUUACAGCCCCUUCAGUGGAUACUGAGAAACACAGUUCAGACAAAGAGACACAGAAAGUGGCAGAACAGUGUGAGCAAGUGGAAGAGUCCCUGAUCAGCCAGGGAAAGGAGAUAGAGGAAGAUGCAGAGCCAGAAUCAGCUAUGGACCACAUUGACGGUAAAGACAGAGAAGAGCCCAGCAAUGACUACAGUGACGCUGAGGUCAAUCACAAUAGUGGGAGUCAGCUAGUCACAGUGCUGGACCUGCCUGAGUUUCCACCCAGUACACUUCCCCUGUCCCUGCCUGUCACCCCUGACAAGAAGCUAAUGCUAAGUAUGUGCUGUGGGGAAAAGAAGGGCUGUGGAGUAGCCCCUAAGCCAACCGAAUCCCAGCAGGAUGAGCUAAGCUCUUCUGCUUCGUCAGCCGUCGUAUCUACAAGCAGGUCAGCCACAGAGGAACUGACCCAUCAGAAGAAAUCGGACUCUGAGAAAUCUCCAUUUCUGGGAUUCCUCUGUCAUAAAAGUUCUGACUCAGAAGGGGAGGUUAUGCCUGAGGAGAGAGAUGAAGAUGCAGAGGAGAGUGAAGCUCUGGCAGUGACAGAGGGGGAAGUUAUCAAAAAACAAGAAGAUGAGGAAGAAGAGAAGUACUUGGAGGAAGAAAUUAUAGACAAGGCUGAGGAGGUGCAUGAAGAUAAAACAGAGCUUAGAGAACAGAGUGAGGAAGCAUAUAAGGAAGAGGAGCAGGGAGAAGAGCUGGCAGAAGUAGAAUUAAAAAUCACUGAAGAGGAGAUGGAAGAAGACAUUGCACUAAACGUGACACAUGAGGGAGAGAAAGAAGAGAUUGAAGGCCAGCCACAAAUUGAGGAGGAUAACAAGAAAAGUCCUUUGGGGAAGGAGCCAGGUGAUGAGAAUACUCUGGAGGUUAAUAGAGCAGAAGCAUCCAAAGUGGCAGAAAGGGAGGAGUUGCCCCGGCCGAAGCAGCGCACUAGGCCUCAUAAGCCUCCGCUGCUCCCAAAACCUCGGAGUGUGCCCAAAAGAGAGAUCACCCUGCCACUCAGCUUCAGCAGCGAGACAUUUGGCUCCACUUGUCUGGAAGAUGAGGAGACGCUGUCUGUCUCAGACCCAUACGAUCCUAGCCGAGUGGAAAGAGUGUAGCCCUCUGAUGUUGCCUUUCACCGCGGAAGAAAUCCUUCUGGUCCACUUUAACAGCUUUUUCCAACAACAAAGCUCUCAUCUCACCUCAUGGUCCAGUCAGCUGUGACACCCCCCCACCCCCAAUGCCACACAAUGCUCCUCAAAAUAGCAUGUGUCCUGGUGCUGCGAGAGCAUUUCUACAGCCAAAUAACGAUACCAGAGAUAGCAAUUCUCCAGGCGUUGACGCCUUUUCAACCGCCUCAUCCGUAUCCUACUUCCAUUCAACCCGCCCUUCUCCAAAGUUAAUUUGAUCAAACAAACGAUCAGUCUCCUUUGUUGUUAUUUUGUUUCCUGGAAAAUUGCAUGUCAUUGAGCCCCACUGCGCUCGGGCUCCUCUUGAGCUUUGGGGUUGAAAUAUGAAUGUAAAAGUGCUUCUGCUCUUCAAACUAAUGAAAUGUAAUGGAGAAAACAAAAUAAGAAAAACGUAUUGCGUUACAAUCAGUGUGAACCUACACCAAAUGUAAAUAAGAUCUAUAAGAUUUUAUGAAGAAAACAGAUUUAAGACAUUUCAUUGUUGAAAAAAAUGUAUAUUUUCUUAAGUAUGUUAAGAAAUGAAUAGGUUUUUGGAAGUGUAGUGUUGGGGUUUAUUAUCAAUGACCAACCCCCCCUCCCCCCCAUUCUUUAUUCUUAUACUUGUGUGAUAGAGAAUGUACUCAGAGAGUCUGGUUUGGGAUGAGAAACACUGUGGUCCUUGAAUAGUUUCACUCAAGAGCAAUACUGUUGCACGGUGGUUUCUUGACAAAUGCUUGGAGUCGCUGUGCGUCUGCAGUGCCAGGAGUUGAUCUCAUUUUGACCCCUGCUUUAAACCUAUACCAUUCGGUUCAAGUGUUAGGGAUGUAAGAUUUGUCGGCUUCAUGUUACGUAUAAGCACCGGGUAGUCUUUUCAGGCACUUAGAGAUUACUUAUGGGCCGUUACAUUUUCAGUAUUACUCCCGUCCGACCUUUCAGCCACCCGGUUUCUCGGUGCCGUCAGUUCUGCUCGUCCUCUAAGCAUCAGCAGUCGCACCGUGUAUCUGAAAUAUCUUGUUUUUGCAAAUUGGUUUAUUUUUGUUAAGCUAUCCACGUAGUGUACAAAAAAAGGAAGUCUAUUUUAAUGCAUUACAAAAGUUUAUAUUUAAACGUACGGUUUCUUUGCUCUCUCCUUAGUUGGAAAUUGACUUGUGCAAAUAUAUAUAUAUAUAUAUAUAAUUUCAUAAGUGCUUUUUUAGCAAGAAAUUAUAGAUGUAGCUAUAUAGAUGGAUGUGUGCCUUGUACACACUACUGUUUCUGUGGGAAGUUCAUUUGUGUGUAACACAUACAGUACCGUUGGUGUACAAAUCUUAAUUUUACCGAUUUUAAACUGGACAUUAGUAAUCAUUUUUUUUCCUUUAUAAAUAAAACGGUUUUGUGUUAUUUUGGCAAUAAUACAGAAUAUUAAGCUUAAAAGGCUUAGUGUUGAUGCUGUACAGGGCCUUGCCAUUGGGAUACUUUUACUGUAUCUGAAAGUGUUCACUAAUUUAAUGUAACUUUUGACAUAUCAGUUUGGCAAUACGAGGAUAUUGGUUUAUGUGUGGUUCACUUAUUGGGUAGCAAUACAAAAAAGUUUGAACAACAUACCAAACAAAUCUUAACGCUAUGCAUUUGGCCUGAACAUUUACUGAGUUUGAUACCAAAUUCAAAGCUAAAACUGGGUUUUCAGCCUCUGAUUUUACUCGUUUGGCCAUAUCGGUUCAUAACUUCAGUGUUGUCUUCAACCCCUUGAUCUGCUUGUGUUUGGUGUUGGACUUGUUGGGUCUGGUUCUAGACUUGCAUGAAAGUGACUUUGACUCGAGUUCACCGGUAAAGUUCGAUACGAGGUUUCAACCCGGUUCCUGUACCUCUGUGUCCCAGGUAGAUUAAUGUUAUCUAGUCCUUCUCUUAGGUCUUUUUGUACUGCAAGUUAUUUGUAACAUAUAGACUAUUGGUGCACAUCUUGCUUUGAUACUUUCUAUUUUCAUACAGAUGUCUAUACAGCUUUUUUUUUCUUUUUCUUUUGUAUGUGCAGGCAUCUUUUUGGCAUGAAAUGCAUAAGACGUUACAGAGAAGGGUGUAUUUGCAUAUAGCUGCAUUUGGUACAGUAUAGUCUAUUCCAUUAAUUAACUGUUAUAUUUCAUAUAAUUCAUAUUUUAUUUUCAAAGGUUAUGCUACAUAUUUAAAACAGAACAAGUUAUUUUUAGAUGAUUGUGAAAAGGGAAUUGAGUUGAGAGCACAACAAUUGCCUAUAUUUAUCAUGAUCAUUGAGAAUGAUCAUAAAUAUAGACAGGUUUGUGUUACUCUUGUACAAUACUGCAGACCAUUCAUAAAUAAAAGUCUU